AUGCGACUCCUCGAAUGCAAUGGCGGAGGCAUUCGCCUGGCGGAGUUCCAACCAGGCAGUAUUCCAGAGUAUGCCAUCCUGUCGCAUACUUGGGGAUUGGACGGGGAUGAAGUCACCUAUAGCGACAUGAUGGCCGAAAUUGCCGACCAGAAAGGAACAAGCGAAAGUGACAAGCUCCAAUAUUUCUGGAUCGAUACCUGCUGCAUCAACAAGGACAACGGCCCGGAGCUACUUGCUUCUCUCAACUCCAUGUUCGCAUGGUAUAAGGGCUCGAAGAAGUGUUAUGUAUACCUCUCAGACGUUUCCAAAGGGACUGACCAGCCUAGCCUUGAAUCUGGAACUGCUUCAUGGGAACCGGCAUUUCGCAAUUCUAGAUGGUUUAGUCGCGGUUGGACGCUCCAGGAGCUUAUUGCUCCCAGUUCCGUUGCUUUCUAUUCUAAAGAAGGCCACUUCUUAGGUGAUAAAACCACACUGGAGAGUCUCAUUCACGACAUCACACGCAUUCCAGCCAAGGCUCUCCAAGGCAGCCUUUUGUCGCAAUUCACUGUCGAGGAUCGGCUUGCAUGGAUGAAAAGCAGGACAACCAAGGAACCGGAAGAUCUGGCAUAUGCAUUGCAAGGACUUUUUGACAUAUUUUUGCCUAUGAUGUAUGGCUGCGGGAAGACACAAGCAGUGCAAACACUUAGGAGAUUGAUUCAUGAUGAUAUGAUCGCGAGGCUUUCGGUCACCGACGUAGACACUUAUCUUCGGAAUGAUCAUUAUAACGACGAAAGAUUAAAGAUCGAACGACUAUCGAGAACAAGGCUUUCCAUGAGACACUGUUACAUUAAUCUUGCCAUCAUCAAGAGAGGCCAGGGAUCGAGGGCAGAAAAGCCACAGAGCAAGUCGUCACCAUUUGAGCUCGCUCACCGGCUUAAGAUCCAGGACCGGAACAACGAUAUCAACUUGGACCUUGCUACAUUGUUUAACACCUGUCGGGACUCCGAUAAUAGAAGGGUCUUGAUUCGCGGGCGUGCUGGUGUUGGCAAGACCACGCUGUGCAAAAAGAUCGUCUUUGAAUUCGAGCGGCACGGGCUCUGGAACAAUUUGUUUAAGAGAGUACUCUGGUUCCCCCUGAGAGGGCUUAAAACUUGGACGAGCAAUCAGUGUAACCUGAGGGAGUUUUUACAUCACUUUUACUUUCGACAUCAUCAGUUUGGUGUCGCUUUAGCCGACCAACUGGCAUGCGCUAUAGAUUUCGAUGGACACCGAUACGAGAAUGAAAAGACCUUGUUUAUCCUCGAUGGCCUAGAUGAGGUCGCUAACACAUGGAAUCCGGGGGAUGCAAAGUACGAUUUCCUCACCCGGCUGCUGAAUCAACCGAAUAUGAUCAUAACAUCACGUCCCCACGCUCAGAUCCCGGAGCAUGUUGCCCGACAUAUUGACCUCGAAGUAGAAACGAUAGGAUUCUACGCAGAUCAAGUGGAGGAGUAUCUAAAAAUGGCCAUUGGAGACAUAGAAAAGGCGACCAAGGCACAAGAAGUUCUGAGGACGUUUCCUCUCAUUGAGAGCUUAGUUCGGAUUCCAAUACUGCUCGAUGCAUUUUGUUUCACUUGGGAUACCCUCAGUCUUACCGACAAUCAUGCGAAACGGCAAACAAUGACGUCCUUCUACCAGGCCAUUGUCGAAGAGUUACUUAGGAAAGAUGUCGUGCGAUCUGAAAAGCCAAAUGGGCAGCCAGUCACUGAGACCACCGCGGCCGGGCUGAUUGCUUGCCAACUUGAAGCGGAGUCUGAGGAGCAGCUGUGUCUGCUUGAGGAUCUCGCUUUCACGGGGAUGUUUCAUGACAUGAUCGAAUUUGAACCCUAUGACCGCAAUAUCGUCUUGGAAAAGUAUGGGCAUCAUAAAAACAUUACAUUGGUUGACCAAUGUUUAAAAUCUUCUUUUCUCCGCACAUCAGAUCUGAAUGAGGCCACAGGCAGUGUGAGCUAUCAUUUCCUGCACCUGACCUUUCAGGAAUUCUUUGCGGCCAAAUAUUUCGUACGCCAGUGGACCUCCGAAAGGCAAAUAAUAUGCCUGGAUCUGGGUAGCAGAACAACUCGAGCGAUGCAGAGGGAUGACUUCCUUGCGAGAUACAAGUACGAGCCCAGAUACGACAUCUUUUGGCGUUUCGUUGCUGGGUUAAUCGAUGCUCAGAGCCAAGAGGAAGUUACACGCUUCUUCCGGGUGCUAGAGGAUCCUCAGUCGAGGGACCUGUUGGGACCGGUACACCAGCGACUCAUCAUGCACUGUCUAGCAGAGGUCUCCCCGCAAAUGGGGUUGAGAGCAGACUUGGAGCUGAAGUUGGAAAAAUGGCUAGUUUUCGAGAUCAAGCUCAAGAAAAGGUCUAUAUUUCCAAAAGAGUCGGAAUUUCCAGCCCGCAUUCUUUGCAAAAUCGCCGAGAGCGAGGACAGAAAGACCAUAUAUGAAGUGCUGAAGGCUUUCCCCUAUCGGACUGCUAUAGCCAACGUACUCCUGCCUCCUAUUCUCAACUGGCUCAAUGAUCUUAAUAAGGCUGUUAGACGCCUUGCGGUUUCUGCCCUACGCCCACGGGCAUCUGACCCCCAGGUGCAGCAGGCCCUCUUGAACCGGCUUGAUGAUGAUGAUGGUCUUGUUAGAGGGGCUGCAGCCACUGCCCUGCGCAACCGGGCAUGUGAUCCUCAGGUGCAACAGGCCCUUAUAGACCGGCUUGAUGAUAUGCAUCCUCUUGCUAGACAGUAUGCGGCUCGUGCCCUCCGCAACCGGGGAUCUGACUUUCAGGUGCAACAAGCCCUCUUGAACCGGCUUGAUGAUAAUGAUGGUCUUGUUAGAGGGGCUAUAGCCAAGGCGUUAGGUAGCGAGGCAUCUGACCCUCAGGUACAGCAGGCCCUCUUGAACCUGCUUAGUGAUGAUGACGAUGUCGCUAGACACUCUGCAGCUGAUGCCUUAAACAGCCAGGCAUCCAACCCUCAUAUACGGCAAGCCCUCUUGAACAAGCUUGAUGAUAAUAUAGCUCUUGUUAGAGUCUCUGCGGCUUUGGCCCUACGCAGCCAGGCAUCUCAUCCUCAGGUGAAGCAGGCCCUCAUAAGGCGGCUUUAUAAUGAUGCUGCUGCUGAGGUUAGAGAGGCUACAGCAGGUGCCUUGGGUCGCCAGAUAUCUAGCAUUGAGGUGCAACAAGCGUUUCUAACCCUGCUUAAUGAUAAGAUUGCGGGUGUUAGAGGGGCUGCUGUUUAUGCCUUUGACAGCCUGGCAUCUAGCACCCAGGUGCAGCAGGCCUUGAUACAUCGGCUUGAUGAUGAUAAUGCUGAUGUUAGAACGUCUGCAGUCUAUGCCCUAAGCAGCCGAGCAUCUGACCCUCAGGUGCAGCACGCUCUUAUAGACCGGCUUAUGAAUGAUGCUGCUGGUGAUGUCAGAAUGUAUGCAGCUGAUGCCUUGAGCAACCGAGCAUCGCACCCCCAGGUACAGCGGGCUCUUAUAGACCGGCUCAAAAAUGAUGCUGCCGCUGGCGUUAGAAGGGCUGCAGCUCAUGCCCUAAUCAGCGAGGCAUCAAGCCCUCAUGUGCAGCAGGCCCUCAUCGGCCGGCUUGAUGACGAUGCAGCUGCAGCUGCGGAAAGGACGUUUUUAGAUGCUUUGCAUUUAACUGGAUUUGGGCUUUUUGGCAACCGGCACAUCAAGAAACUUUAUGCUGCCGCACUUGAUCGAAGCUUCGGGGAAAGAGAACACUAUUGCUGGCAGCUCCGGCCCAACGGGUUGCGUGUGUUCACGCCCCAGAAGACAUCUGACUUGACUAUUACUGCUGAGCAUAUCGCAUGUGUCAAAGAAGCCCGAGAGGGGAAUGGGACCCCAGACGCCGAAGAACCGAAUCAGAGAAAAAGGAAAAGAGAGGAUGAUUGA